CAAGUGCAAGUCAGUUUCAGUUACGUUGGUGUUUACACGACAGUCACAUAGCUGUCAGAGAUCCGGGUGGGACGGAAUUCUUCCUGUGGCGGUCACCUGAUGUAUGCCGUCAUUUUAUCGUUAGUUCUGCUCCCUGCGUAGUGUGUAAGCUGUUGCACGACGCCCGUUGCAACCGUUUCAUCGAUUUUCAGGAGAGUAUAAUCCGUGUCGUGAUCGUGCAGUUUUUUACUCAUAGGAUCGCGACACUAAUUCACACAAAAUUUCCUAACUGCUUUACCGGAGCUGCUUCUCAACUUUGACAUCAGGAAGCGUUCUCUUUCCGCUAAAAUUCAUUUCUUAUAUUUCUGUCAUCUUUUGUUGGACUUCACGUUAGAAUAUGCCUUCAAGUCACUUCCGGUCUGUGGAUUUAAUUUUUCCAGUUAUUGAACGGCGCACGUGGAAAGGGUUCGAUAUGCGGACAGUGGUCUCCAGCGCUCGGCUUCGCUUUCUGGAUCCCUUCUUGGUUAUGGCUCAUGCUCGGAUUGAUUCUUUGAAAGCCAUACCGGACCAUCCACUUCGUGGAAUCGAAAAUAUAACGUACAUUCUAAACGGAUCCUUGGUGCAUGAAGACUGCAACAACACGACAACUGAGCUUAAAGAGGGUGAUGUUCAGUGGCUGAGCGCAGGUUCGGGGAUUAUGCAGUGUCAAGUGCCAGGAACGCAGGGCGUGGAAGGAAUACAGGUUUUUGUCAAUUUAUCCAGUGGAAUGAAAACGAAGCCGGCACAGUACCACGUUGUGCGGCGGAAAGAAAUCCCUACUAGCAAAAAGAAUGGAGUUGCCGUUACUGCAGUGGCUGGAGACCAUUCUACGGGAACGACAACGCUAAAGUCUAAACUGUCCACUCAAACGCCCAUUCUGUUUCUCGAUGUGACACUAAAUGCGGAAUCCCAACUGGAGCAAGCGAUUCCUGCUGGAUGGAAUGCCUUUUUUUAUGUAUUACACGGAACAGUCACUGUUGGAGAGGACAAGAAAGAAGCUGAACCCAACUACUGCGUGACGUUCAAGCAGGAUGGGGAUGGGGUUUUGAUCGAAAAUGCGUCCAAAUCACCGGCUCGACUAAUUUUAAUCGCGGGUCAACCUUUGAACGAACCCGUAUUUCGUCACGGGCCUUUCGUGAUGAAUAGUCAAAAGGAGAUUCUUCAAACAAUCAGAGAUUUUGCUAACAAGGCCAACGGCUUCGAAAGUAGCCGAAACUGGAAAUCAGCUUACAGUCGGCGGAAUGCUGCCGAAAAGGUCAAACGGUGAUCCCCGGGCAGGAUCGUUUCGGAGGUCUCUGAUCAAUCUCUUUCAAUAAGGAUAAUUGUAACCAGUUGCGAUAUACUCACUGCAGAUGCGAAAUUGAAUAUUUUCCCCUUUGAAACUCAUUAUCUUGUUAGUUUGGUAGCGAUGUGGCUGCCAUAAUUUAUUUUACUGUACUUUCGCUUGGUUUCCAAUUCGCAUUUUAAUGAUGUCAUAGUAAUUUCGCUGUUCACAUAAUCAUAUGAGCGUUAAGCUGUCUUAGCUUAUCAAAAUAUGAAAGCGCUUA